AUGAAGAAUAAGUACCCACUUUCGAGGAUUGACGAUUUGUUUGAUCAAUUUCAUGGAGCUUCGGUAUUCUCAAAUAUAGAUCUCCGUUUUGACUAUCAUCAACUUAGGGUUAAAAAGGUUGAUAUUCAUAAGACGACUUUUAGGACUCGUUAUGGUCACUACAAGUUCCUAGCUAUGCCCUUUAGAUUGAUGAAUGCUCCAGCUGCAUUCAUGGAUCUGAUGAACCGAGUUUUUCAGCCGUAUCUGGAUCAGUUCGUCGUAGUCUUUAUCGAUAAUAUUCUGAUGUACUCUAAGACUGAGGAUGAGCAUGAUGAGCAUCUUAGAGGGAUCCAAUUGGAUCUUAGAAAGGUUGAGGCUGUGCUUGAUUGGAAACAACCUAAGAACGUUUUUGAGAUCCACAGUUUUCUGGAUCUUGUGGGUUAUUAUCGGAGGUUUGUUGAGGGGUUCUCGCUGAUUGCAGCUCCUUUGACUAAGCUUCUGCAGAAGAAUGUUCCUUUUGUCUGGACUAAUGCGCAACAAUCGAGCUUCAAGAAGCUCAAGUCUGUUCUGACUCAAGCUCCUGUUCUGAUACAGCCUGAAUCUCUAAAUAUGCUUAAGUCACACGAGGGGAAUUAUUCGACGCACAAUCUCGAGUUAGCUACCGUGGUGUUUUCGUUAAAGAUCUGGAGGCAUUAUUUGUAUGGUGAGAGGAGUAUCAUCUAUACUGAUCACAAGAGCCUUAAAAUAUAUCUCGGUAAGACCAAUGUGGUGGCCGAUUCUCUCAGUUGUAGAGCAAUGUCUGGUUUGAGGGUGAUGUUUACUCGUCUCAGUUUGUUUGAGGAUGGGAGUCUGUUAGCUAAGUUGCAAGGUAAGCCGACUUGGAUUGAUCAGAUUCGAGAGAAGCAGUUAGAGGAUGAUUAUCUGGUUCAGCAGUUUCAUCAAGUUAAGAGUGGUAGUACAUCUGAUUUUGGGCUAAAUAAUGAUGGGGUUUUUUGUUUUCGAGGACGGUGGCCAGGUUUAAAGCAAGAGGUAACAAACUUCGUUUCUAGUCGUUUGGCGUGCCAGCAAGUUAAGGCUGAGCACCAGUUGCCUUCGGGUUUGCUCCAACUCGUUACGAUUCCUUUAUGGAAAUGGGAAUGUGUUACGAUAGACUUUGUUAGUGGAUUGCCUUUAACACCUACUAAGAAGGAUUCUGUAUGGGUCAUCAAGGAUCGGUUGACCAAGUCCGCCCAUUUCAUUCCGAUUUGGACGGAUUAUUCUCUGCAGAAGAUGGCCAAACUCUACAUUUCUGAGAUUGUGAAACUACACGGGGUUUCAAUUUUGAUAAUUUCUGAUAGGAAUUCUCGCUUCACUUCUCGGUUCUGGAAGAAACUCCAUAAAGCUCUGGGUUUAAGAUUGGACUUCAGUGCAUUCCAUCCUCAAACCGAUGGUCAAUCUGAAAGGUCUAGCAUCCAGAUAGCACCUUACGAGGCCUUGUAUGGUCGUAAGUGUCGUACGCUGCUAUGUUGGACUGGGUUGGGUGAACGACGAGUUUUGGGUCCUGAGUUGGUUUUCAAGACUGAAGAUAAAGUUAGACUGAUUCGAGGUCGCCUUAAGGUGGCUUUAGAUAGACAGAAGUCCUAUGCAGAUUUAAAAAUGAGGGAUAUCGAGUACUUUGUAGGUGAUUUCGUGUUUCUUAAGUUAGAGUUACCUCCAGAGUUGGACCGUAUCUAUGAUGUGUUGCAUGUCUCGAUGUUUAGGCAGUAUCAGUAUGAUCCAUCUCAUGUUGUUUCUGUUGAGGAGAUCGAAGUUAGACUGGAUUUGACAUUUGAGGAGGAGCCAAUUCAAAUUUUGGAUCGAGAUGUUAAAGUUCAGAGGAGGAAGUCCAUUUCGUUAGUUAAGGUUCUGUGGUGGAAUCAAGGCACUAAAGAAGCCACGUGGGAACCUAAGGAUUUGAUGCAUUAG